GUCGUUGGGACUCGAUCAUCAAACCAAACUCUCACUCAAGCUAAUCACCUUUUUCUUUGAACGUUCUGAGUGUUUGGAGAUAAGAACAAACACUCUAGGACUGACAACAGUGAAAAUCUGCUCUACAAGAAUUAAAAUCUCAGAGUAGCCGGUAGGAGACUUGUGUUGUUUCUGAAUCAAGAUUCUGAAUUCUCAAAGGUUGUUUCUCUACGAUGGGUUCUUUAACGGCAGGAUGGGGUUCACUUGUUCCAGAUGGUAAAGCUGCAAAAUUCCUGAGGAACAAGUCCUUCACCAAAGGAGAAAUUGACGCUUACUGGAGAUCAAAGAAGAGAAUAGAGGAAGAACAUCUCAAAUCCAUUUCGGGUUUGCAUGAUCACAGUCAGGAGAGCGCAAAUACAGGAGGUGGGCUUCAGAGGUCGAACUCCGAAGCAGAUGUAGAGGCGCUCAAGAAGAAAAUGGACUGGUGGACUCGGUGCGGCUCAGCUUUUCUGAAUCAACCUCCUGUGAUUGCUCCAACAAAUAUGCGUCACGCUUUCGCAUGACAGCAGGCAGCUGGCUUUGGCUCCUCGAAGCCAGAUGUUCGCUAAGAAUAAGUGUGUACAAAAAUAAUACUAUACUACGUACAAAACUGGUUAAUGCCAUGUGUGGAACUGAGAGACUCGAGCUUCAAGUAUUGGUAAUGCAGGAAGACUGAAAGAGUGGAUGGAUUAGAAGAACUGGUUAGGAUUCGUUUCUAUGUACGAAGAAUGUAAUGUUGUCGAGCUUUGCGUAUGAUGCAAAUUAUUAAUGAAUGGGACUGUAUUUCGUGUAGUUCAGAAACUCCUUUCAGGUUUCAACUCCAGAUGGACUCAGUUGUGCUAGUGAUUGUUGUAGUUUUUUUCUGUUUCAGUAAUGAAUUUCCUAUUUACGAAAA